ACAACUACUUCAACAACAACAACUACAACAUCAACAACUUCAACAACAACAUCUUCAACAACAACAACAACAUCGACGUCUACCACAACAGUACCUGCAGACGAGUGUGGAGACUGCAACAUGGAUAUUACCAUUUUGCCCAAGAACUACGACAAGGGAAAGGCGUACUCAUUCACUUGGACGUCACCCAACUACCCGCAAUCAUACCCAGACGGCUGUACCUGUGUCCUCACCACCACGAUGACGAUGGUUGGAUUUGUCAUGUUCAGUGUGAAGGCAGGAUCCGAAAUCGCUGACUUCAGUAACUGCGCCGAAGACAGGCUCACUUUUGUUGGUGACACCAGCUUCAAAGGGAACAAAUGUGACGUUUUCCCUAGCACCUACACCACAUACCUGGUCAACAUGGUCAACCCGACUGUACCUAAGGUGUCAACUAUUACCUUCGUGUCCAGCUUUAAUGACGGCAACACUGUAGCAAAAGGCUUCUCCAUGACCAUACUAGUUUCGACCAACUAAUCAGGGUAACUCUCGUCGACCGCUGGAUAGGGUGAUGGUGGGUGGUCAGGCGAAUGACAGGAACAACUACCCUUGUGGAUGACAGGAACAGCUACCCUGGUGGAUGACAGGAACAACUACCCAGGUGGAUGAUAGGAACAGCUACCCAGGUGGAUGACAGGAACAGCUACCCAG